GUUCCCACCUCCACCACCACCACCACCACCCCUCGUUUCAUCAUCAUUAUGACCAUCAUCAGCCAACCCACGCAGGGAUUCUUCACUCUCACACCACCUUCCUCUUUCCACUGCUGCCGCUGGAGUCGCUACUGCUGUUGCUGCUGCUGCUUUCCUCUGCAACCUUUUCCUUUUCUGCUCUUUUCCACCACCUCCUCUUGCGUGCGCCUCCCGAGCUCCCAUCCUCCCCUCCCAAGUCUCCUCAUAUUCUCCCCCACUGCAAUCAUGAAGGGAACUUGUGUCCUGUCGGAUAUAUAUCGUGAGAUGAAGGUAAAAUUGCUCCUUUUCACUGCUUAAGUAGACUUGCUUGUCCCUCUUGAAGCGCAACUCUUCGCAAGAGCACCUGAAACAGAGAAGCAGGAAAAGAGAAGGUGAAGAAAGAUCGGAGGAAGACAUUAAAAGAUAUGGGUGUCGAUGUCAUCGUCUUCUUGUUCGGACUUAUUUACUCGGGAGUAGUCGCUAAAGGAUCAGAGGAUGGUCUGUCAUCCGGUCCAUCUCUCGCACGGACAACCGAUUCCAACAAAGAAAUGGUUUAUGAACCUGGAAAACAAUUCAACAGGUUUCUACUAGCUGAAACCGAGCUGCAAUCCUCGAAGACGAUGCCGGAAAUGGAUGUUGUCACUCCGAUAACUACAGUUCCGGUGCUCAACCCCACGAUCACCACCCCAACUACUACGACUCCCGACUACAAUCCAUUUCCCACAACAUCGACCACUCCGACUACGGACCCAUAUUCCACUCCGGCGAUGGUGACCCCAUCAUCAUCAUCGUCAUCCAGCCAAAGCUGGUGUGUUGCAAGCCAGACUGCAUCCAAGACUGGACUGCAGGUUGCUCUAGACUAUGCGUGUGGAUAUGGCGGCGCAGAUUGUUCGGCAAUUCAGGAAGGUGGCAGCUGCUACAACCCGAAUACAGUCCGUGAUCAUGCAUCGUAUGCAUUCAAUGAGUACUACCAGAAGAACCCAAUUCCUACCAGCUGUGAUUUUGGAGGAACAGCUGUGAUUACCAAUGUGGAUCCAAGUACUUCAACGUGUCAGCAUCCAUCAACAAGCACAAGCUCAUCUGUCCUCAACACGACUAUUCCUACUGGAUCAACAGUCUUCGGAUCUGUCCCUCCGGCAACAAGUGACUCCACCUUGAUGUUAAACGGCAUGACGCUUGUAAUCACCGUAACAUGUCUUGUGAUGUCACUCUUCUUCUCAAGUGUCUGCAAAAUAGACACCAAAGAUAUUCUGUAAUGAUUCCAAAGAGAAAUGGCUCGAUGGCCAUUGUUUGCUCCAGCACCAAUGGGUUCCCACAGCAAGGAGGCAAAGAAGCCCUCUUGAUGUCUCAUUCUAGGAGUGGAGAAGUUGACCGUGAAGUACUUUCUAGCAGAGCCCAAGGCCAGCAGAGUGUGUUACUCGAAAGCUUCCAGUAGCUAGCAGAGAUAGAUGAACAAUUAACUUCUUUUAGUGAAUUAUAGAACAGUUUUGAUUGUACUUCUUUCUUCUAAUGUGAAUAAGUAGU